GUGGUGCUCUCGUGUUUCUGAUGCAAUGUGCUGGUGUGAGAAUCUGCAUUUCAGAAACCGGCUGUGACUGUCCACCUUUCUCCCGGGUCAUCCUGGAUCGUUUUAAUUAUUAUUUUAAACCCAAAGGCGUUUUAUUGACCCUUUAUCAGAAAGGCAGCUGUGCGCACCCUUGCAGGUUCUAGCAGACACAAUGACUGAUUCUCAGACUGAGGGAGCUGCAGCUGAAAGCCCAAUGGAGUUCUAUGAGAAAGUCACUGCGCAAGGGGAAGCAGUGAGAGCGCUGAAAACAGGAAAGGCUGCAAAGGAGGAGAUUGAUGUUGCGGUGAAGCUUUUAUUGCAGUUGAAGUUGGAUUACAAAAGAGUCUCAGGGCAGGACUACAAGGCAGGCUGUCCUCCGACGGACUGCGCGGCGUCAGGUGAGAACGGCCCUGCAGCCGCGGAGGAGGGAGUCGACCUCGUUGACCCCUGGACUGUAGCCACUUCAAACGCUAAAGGAGUGGACUAUGAAAAACUCAUUGUGCGGUUUGGAAGCAGUAAGAUAGAGGCGGAGCUGAUCGAGCGGAUGGAGAGAGUGACGGGACAGAAAGCACAUCGCUUCCUGAGGAGAGGGAUCUUCUUCUCACACAGAGACAUGCACCAGAUCCUCGAUGCCUAUGAGAAUAAGAAGUCGUUCUACCUGUACACAGGCAGAGGCCCUUCCUCAGAGGCCAUGCACAUGGGGCACCUUAUACCUUUCAUUUUUACAAAGUGGCUGCAGGAUGUGUUUGACAUUCCCCUGGUCAUCCAGCUGACCGAUGAUGAGAAGUACCUGUGGAAGGACCUGACGCUGGAAGACUGCCACAGAUACGCUGUUGAAAAUGCCAAGGAUAUCAUCGCCUGCGGGUUCGACGUGAACAAAACCUUCAUCUUCUCAGAUCUGGACUACAUGGGCAUGAGCUCCAGAUUCUACAGAAACGUCUUGAAGAUCCAGAAGCAUGUGACAUUCAACCAAGUAAAAGGGAUCUUCGGCUUCACAGACAGCGACUGCAUAGGAAAGAUCAGUUUUCCUGCAAUACAGGCUGCUCCCUCCUUCAGUACCUCAUUUCCACAGAUCUUCAAUGGGAGGAAGGAUAUUCAGUGUCUAAUCCCAUGUGCGAUUGAUCAGGACCCCUAUUUUAGGAUGACCAGGGACGUGGCCCCUCGGAUUGGCUACCCCAAACCUGCUCUGCUCCACUCCACUUUCUUCCCUGCCCUGCAAGGAGCCCAGACUAAAAUGAGUGCCAGUGACCCCAACUCCUCCAUCUUCUUGACGGACACCGCCAAACAGAUCAAAAACAAGAUCAACAAGCAUGCCUUUUCAGGAGGCAGAGACACCGUGGAAGAACACAGGAAGCACGGUGGAAACACUGAGGUCGACGUCUCCUUCAUGUAUUUGACCUUCUUCUUGGAGGACGAUGAGAAAUUAGAACAAAUCAGACAGGACUAUACAAGCGGAGCGCUCCUCACAGGGGAACUGAAGAAGUGUCUCAUUGAAACCCUGCAGCCCAUGAUCACGCAACACCAAGAGCGACGCAAACAGGUGACGGACGAAACCGUCAAGCAGUUCAUGAGCCCGAGGAAGCUGGACUUUAAUUUCUAACUGGAGUCGACACACCGUGGAAUAUUAACAAGGAGGCCUUUCUGUUUAGAGCUUUCAGAGGCACACUGUUGUAACUAAAUAAUGUAGAGAUCACGUUCUUUAACUCGCAAUAAAUGUUCCGUCAGAUACCCUGAA